GAGAGCAUAUAUAUCAAGACGUUCUGAAGCUCAAAUAAUAUUAGAAAAAUAUAAAUAUGUUAAAGUGGACGGCAUCAGCGCAGAAGCUGAAUCAGCUUACACCAAAUAUCCGAACGGCCACCACAUCGAUACGAACACCACAUCCAUUAGCGGAGGCCAAGCGUCGACGCCGACGUGCAACCAUUUGUAACAAGGAGAACAUACCAUAUACGUCAACUCCAAUGGUGGAGAGAGAGCGUAAUAGUCCGCUGUUACUUUCUCCAUUAACGGAUAUUUUGAAUGUCACACCAAAAGACAUGUCGCCUUUAAUGGAGCGUACACCAGGACGAAUUCGAGUCACAAGCACGAGUGUAGCUAGUCGCCCACUGCCAAAUCGACGACAUUCAACAGUGGGUCUUUUUCUACAUCCGGCACCGACUUACGCAUCUACUUUGCCAUGUUUCGAGGAAGAAUAUUCGCCGAGUACCGCGCUGCCGACCGGACAACAAGUAGCUCUAAGGGGACUACUGCCGGAUCCCUUUAUUAGCAAUUUGCGUUACUUCAACACACCCGAGUUGGCGAAACGGAAACAAAAACAGGACUUAGAGAAACUAAAGGCCGCCAGAAAAUCAUUACCUAGAAAACUGGAAACAGAUUUUGCGGAGAUCGCGAAGGAAUGUGGCGAGGAAAAGUUAACGAAGCACAUAAAGAACGAGUCAGACUCGGCCGGUAUGAGUGACCAAACUCUGGAUAAGCUAAUUGAUGCUAUUUUAGACUCGGCGCGAAAGGAUGAGAAGAAGAAGGUGAAACCACGCAAAUCUUUUAACCUGCGUCGUCGUACGCUACUCAAAAAUCAAGCCGAACAAAAAGUCAGUGAAUUGGUUCUUUCCCCAUCCUAUGCUGCAGGCGAGGAUCCAGCGAGUGAUCUCAGCUUUAUCUUCGUUGACCAGCGGCCAAAGCAAGUGAUGAAAACAGCGAACGCCACCAAAUCACCACUUACUCCAGCGCCAGUAACGCCUCCGCCAGGCACACCAAUAUCCACUGAUAUUCUCCAAAAAAUGCCCACACCCGCAUCUACAAGUAUUUCGACAACCGUUGCUAACUCUGCAUACCAACAUCAUUACCUAAGCAGAGAACGACUGGACAACACCUUUCAGUUGGAGACGCCCGUGCGACUACCGUUGCAAAGAAAGCGGCAACGGCGUAAAACAUUAGCAGCGCCAAUCGGCAGUACGAAACGUUUGAAAACUGGAGGCACCAACUACUUCGAGGUGGGAUUGGCGUUGCCUUCAAUCUAUGAAAUGCCUACUAUGACGCACGUUCUCGAACGUCGACGCUUGCAACGCUAUUCCCUUGAUAACCAACUUGAAGCGCAUUCACCACGUCGCGUCCGACACUCUCUUACCAGCGCCGCUAAUAAAGAAAACUUUGGCGUUCAUUUUACACGAAGCUCUUUCGGCAAUACCUCGCUCACCGCAUUUCAGGACCUCAGCAAUGGAAAGAGCCCCCUGCGAGUCGAUUACACACCAACUCGUCCACCUUUGCGUUGCCAAACUCAAGGCAAUAUGAAUUUAAACGUUAAACGUCGCAGCGGUACCCCAACCGCUUCCCGAGACGAUUCACUUUCUUCUUCGCGUAUGGGCGACGUAACACUUGACCGUAUGUUAGACGCGAUUAUUGAGAGUGCACGUAAGGAUGUAAAGCGUCAGCAUGAAGUAAAAACCGCAUUAAGAAGCUCUUCGCCUGCUGUUGUUAGCGACAGCGAAAUCAGCGUGCAUGAAAUGGAAGUGCGAACCCCGACACAUCUCAAGCGCCAACGUGUUGUACGGCGUAAGAAUACCAAAACCACGGAGUCCCGACGCAAAAUAGAUUCAAAAGAAACGAAAAUUUUUGGAAAUGUAACACCGCCACCACCGCUCCAGCAAUCAAUGAUCGGUGUUCCACUAGCCGACGGUGUGCAUAGUCCGGACACACCACUUUUUAAGCCAAGUGCCGUGACUAACGCAGAGCUAUUGGCGAUGCAAACGCCACCAAAUUCAACAGAAAUCGAUACUUUCACGACCGCAGCAACGGCCGGCGCAACGACAGCAGAAACUCAAUCGCAGCAGUGCUGCUCAACACCGACGUUAGAGGAGACACAUUCGAUUAAGCGUUGCCUGAGCUUUUCCUCGACUAGUGAUGAUGAAUACGAUGUGGAUUUUAGCAACGCUGCGAAACGCAGUUCUGUCGCAUCAUCCAAUACGAGCUCUACAAUGGGCGAUCACUUCGGUUUGGGACAAACUUCACGACAUUCUCAGGGUUCUUGGAAAGCUCCCAACAGUGCUGCAGUGCGUGGCCACGUGGAACUAUCUAUACAAGUGGAGCAGCAACAAUUAAAUGUACAUGUAAUACGUUGUCGCGAUCUACAGCGACCCAAUGGUUCAACUGCGCUGAAUGCCUACGUAAAGGUUGCAUUGAUACGCAACAAACCGGCUUCUAAAAAAAUGGACAAUCACUUCCAACGCACCGCUGUACACAGACAUUCGAGUCGUCCGUACUUUGAUCAUCGCUUCAAGUUCGAUUUGGGCGCGAAACCACAAGCACAACAGCAAACUAAAAAUGAUGGCACUAACGAACGUCUACAGCUGGCCGUGUGGCACCGAGACCGUCAACUAAAUUACAACACCUACGCCAAUCGUAAUUGCUGUGCACAGAGCCACGCGCGCGAAGCAGAAGUACGUGUAUGUUCAACACAUAUGCCAUUUACGACGCCCUACGAUGACACUUCAAUCCGUACCACACCGCUGUUACAGUCACACCUGAGCCACCACACAAAUCCAAGCACAAAUAAUUUCUGUAAUCUAGCUGUAACUCCUACAAAAGGCAUGCAUUCAAAGGCUUAG